CAGAAUAUCCAUUUUGGCAUUAAGCCUUAUGCCUGCACCCUGUGUGACAAGAGGUUUGCUGCACGCUCGAACCUCUUUCAGCAUCGCCUCCUUCAUAUGAAACCCUUUUGCUGCUACAUCUGUAACAAACGCUUCGAUCGAGAUGAGCAGUUGCAGAGACACCUUAAGCUUCACCCAACAGCCAAUGUACUGUCUUGCAGGUAA